CCACAAUCGUGUCCCCGCGAGUGGAAACGUUUUCGCGGUGCCAACACGCGAAAAAAAGGGCAAAGCCACACGUGCGUGGACGUGCUGAAGCUGUGGAAAUUCAACUGAAAAAGGUUGACAAUACCCCCCAAAUACACGUGACCAUCCCUGUACCCUGUAGCCUCAUGAUGUGUUCCAUCGGCAAGAAGCGGGCAGGGAACGACACAAGACCUUGCUGACCUUCCCGACAUACCCAGAGUGUCUCCCAAGAAAUCUCCCAGAAAGACACACCAAGAAUCAAAACCUUAUUCCGAGAUAUCUGAGAAGACCGGCGUUGUUAUGUACCUGUUCGGCGUUUGAGGUGUCUGUGAGGACUUGCGGUUGGUUGUCCCGUCCCAUGUUUUACGUUGUCUGUGUUUCGUUAUGUGUGUUGUAACUAAACUUUUGUGCGUAAAAAGCGACUGUUCAGCGCUGCAUGCUACAUGCAAUUGUCCAGAGAAGUUCCUAGCGAGAACUUCAAAUAUAUUCGAACUUUGGAGAUAGUGAGAUUAUUGUUUGGGCAUAAGAUUUAGCUGCACAUCUAAAUCACAGACGUCCGAUCUGACGCGUCCAACCAAGCACACUUCAACGCAACCGAGGCGCUAAGCACACAGGCAACAUGUUAGAGGAGGAGCUGGAGAUAGCGCUGAAGGUGAUCGUGGUCGGCAACGGUGGCGUCGGCAAAACCUCCAUGGUGCAGCGGUACUGCAAAGGUAUCUACACGAAAGACUACAAGAAAACGAUCGGGGUCGACUUUCUCGAGCGGCAGAUAGAGAUCGACGGCGAGGACAUACGGAUCAUGCUGUGGGAUACGGCCGGCCAGGAAGAGUUCGACGCCAUCACCAAGGCGUACUAUCGGGGGGCGCAGGCGUGCGUGCUUACCUUCAGCACCACCGACCGGGCCUCGUUCGAGGCGAUCCGCGAGUGGAAGCGGAAGGUGGAGAACGAGUGCAGCGAAAUCCCGACCGUGCUAGUCCAGAACAAGAUCGACCUGAUGGAUCAGGCGGUGGUGUCGUUCGAGGAGGCGGAAGCGCUCGCCCACUCGCUCGGCUGCCGGCUGAUCCGCACCUCGGUGAAGGAGGACGUGAACGUGGCGACGGUAUUUCGGUACCUGGCGACCAAGUGUCACCAGAUGAUGAAGCAACAGUACAGCCAGUCGGCCCCGAUCAGCCAGCCGACGAUCAGUGCCUUUAGUCCGACGUUUCAGUCGAAAGCUGCCAGCAACACGAUCACCCUGACGAGGCCAUUGGUGAAGCGCAAGCCGCUCCAGAAGCGGUGCGGCAUCUUCUAACGAACCGGGGGGAGGAUUUUUAGGUUUUUUAUUAUAUGUUACGUUGUUUUUCGUUUCGUUUUUAGGUUUAAGGCACAUUCUUAACUAGUUAGCGUAGGUACGGUUGUUGCAAUGGAGAGCGAGAGCAAGAUGAUGAAGGAUGUAAAUGUAAUAGGUACCUCAAGAGAAAUGUCGAAAGACGAAGAAUACUCACACGGAAGACUAUACCAAGAGUGCCUCAGAAACAGUGUGCAUGUUGUACGUGCUGUGCACUAACCUAGUAGUAGUAGUAGUAGUAGUAGUAUGUCUAAAUAGCUAGCCGGACCACUUCGUUUGAGAUUGCAAAAAAUCAGGAAGAAACAUUCAACAAUCACUCGCCUCCCGCAUUCCAACAAAGACAAUUUUAAUGAACCAUCUUAAUCCAUGCCGCGGCUCCACUUUAUCUCCGCUCAAGUGUAUAAUUAUCUAAAGAAGCCAUUCCCAUGCGCUCCCCAAAACGGUGUGCGCUCUCGGAGGGAACAACACAACCCCGGCGGCGAAUAGAAAAGCGGGUCCCAUAGAUAAUCUUUCAAAAUUAGCAGUUUUGUGGAUAACGGUCAUCAUUACACAGCCAUUUUUUUUUUUGCCAACUCCCCACGAUUUAGCUAAACAGCAUGGCAGAGAUGGCAAAGCCAGUAGAGAAACGGGAAGAGUGUUUGGGAAAGCCCCUGUCUGUUGAAUGGUGACAAAUUCAAUCGAAAGGCGGAGGAAGAGCUCUGUUUCAUUAUGGCAAGAUAUUCUCACAUUGCUAACGGGUGACUUUCGGUGGCGAGAGUUUUUGGGAGGAGGAUAGAGCAGAUAGUUUAGAAAUCAGGAUGGGUGGACCCAAUGGUGGGUGGAUUAAUUAAAGGCCGCCCUGCCGAAAAUUGACUGUGUAAAACAAUACUCAUAAUUAGUCGUUUGUAUAGAACACGCUAGGCGGAUUAGGUCCGCGAAACAGGAAAGCACGAAAGGGAGGAAUGGAAGUGAUCCAUUAAUUGCUCGAUCGAGUGAAACACGACGAAUGUGAAGUGAAACGAAGUCAAUCAUGCUCAAGCGGGACGCUGUGUAGCGUUUGCUAAGGAUGGUAAACAGCAUCUGCGGCAGCACUAGUGAAGUAACCAAUUGCUAGAGAAUUAAUAUUGUAGUGUAAUGCGGAACGGAGUGAAGCGAAAUAAUAACGAUCAUAGCUCAAACAUA